AGUGAGGAGAGGAGAGGAGAGGAGAGGUGAGACCGUGAGAGUCCCACGAGAACCACUCCCAUUCCCCAUUCCAUGCCAUGUGAUGUGAAGGCGUGUGUCUCCUACCUCCUCCCUUGGACGCAGAGCCCCGUGCUUUCCUUUCCCCCCUGCCUCUCUCUGCCUUAUCAUCACCACACAUGCGAUUCAGUAAACAGAUUCACUGCACUGCACCAUUUGUUUUGCUGCCCCCUGCCUCUCCCUCCCCUUCAGUUCGAGUCUUCUUUCUCCUUCCCUCUUCUUUGAUUGCUUCCGCUGUUGCUCAUCCUCUCCUUCUUCUUCUUCUCCUCUCCGUAUGUCCAUGUGUCUCCUGCCCUGAUUGACUCCUUGCCUCCGACUCCCCACUCACUCUUCUUGGUGGCAGAGCUUCUUCUUUCUGUUACGUGUCAGCUUCUUCCGUUCAUCGGUCCGAGCUUUCUAGAUUCAACAUCGCUUCUGCUCGUCUGAGUGGGAGGAGUAUCGAUGCUUUGCUUGGCCUCCCACCAAUGGUGAAUCCGAGUUAGUUUGCCGACUUGCCGUGGAAGAAAGGAAGAGAAACCGCCGGCGAGGGGCAGAAAAAGAUGCGGGGUUUGAGUAGGCUUGGCGUCGGGCUCACGGUGGUGUACGCGCUCCUCCUCCUCGCGCUCGCCGCCGAGCUCUACUACCUCCUCGUGCACAAGCGCCGCCAGCGACGACGCGCCGCCGCCGUCUCCGACGCGGCCUCCUCGCCCUCCUCCUCCUCCCGCGAGCUGCUCCAGCUCUUCUGCUUCAAGAAGCCGCCCGCACUCGCCUCCACCUACGCGCAGGAGCCGACCGAAGCCGUGGCCGAGGUCGUCGUCGACAACGACGACGACGAGACGGUGGAGGCGCAGCUGAUGCGGCUCGGCAGCCUCGUCGGCCCGCCGCGGCUGCUCUUCACCAUCAAGGAGGAGACCAAGGAGGACCUCGAGUCCGAGGACGGCCGGAGCAGGUGCGGGAGGAGCCGGAGCCUCGGCGACCUGCUGCAUUGCUCCGAGACGCCGUACCUCACGCCCGCCUCCUCGCCCCUCCCGCCGGCCAUGGAGAAAUCGUACAACCCCCUGUUCGAGUCGCCGGCGGCGAGCCCAGCCGCGGUGGCGGCGUCGCCGCCGCCCAAGCUCCAGUUCCUCAAGGACGCGGAGGAGAAGCUGUACCGGCGGGCACUGGCCGAGGAGGCGAAGAGGGCGCGGGGGUCGCCGGCGGCCGGCGAGGAGGACUGCGGCGGGUACAUCACCAUCGUGGUGGGGAAGAACACCCGAGUCAUCCCCUUGCCCUCGCCUCCCGGCAGCGCUUGAAAAAAAGGUGGCUUUUGUUAACUCGUCUGAUGCUGAUGCAGAUGCAGAGUCAGUCAGUGUUCCGUUCUAGCGUAGCCUCUGUGCUGUCAUCUUUUUUUGAUCAUUCCAAUUGGAUGAUUGGAUGUACAUAACAUGAAGAGUCUUGCUACACACACGAUGAAAUUGGACGAUGCACAGACGAUGGAUUAAAUCUGGCCGGACAAACGUUGAUUGAGGGCGUCGGCCGCUGGAUUUACGUGUCGUGCAUAGAUCGGCCACUUGUGUCGUGCAUGGAGCAAUUUCGUAACAUGAACAUGGCGAGGAACUGAGAACUUGGGAUCAAUAUUUUCUUUUACUAUCUGUAUCUGUAGUCUCUAGUCUCUAGUCUGUGACUUGUGACUUUAAGGUGCAAGUUAAUUACAGUACUGUAAUUUUGUUGUUGUAGGAGGCAAAACAUUGCACUCUUAUGUUAUGUAUGAUGAGCAUAAAUGGACCAUCAUCCCAGAUCAGAAUAUCAUUAAUCCUAAUAUUAAUAAACUGUGAGGACACA